AUGGGUUGCCAGCCCCGAAGGCGGCCACCCGCAUGCUCUCUUUGCCGGAUCCGAAAGUUGCGUUGCAACCGUCAGUCGCCGUGCUCUAAUUGCUCGAUCCGCGGAAUCCCUUGUCAGCGUGAUGGCUCUCGUUGCGGACCAAGACUGCUCCACGACAAUGGAUCGCAGGAGGUGCUCAACCGGAACCACUUGGCGCCGUCUUCAUUGGCGUCCACUGAGCUCCAGCUCAUCACAGCCGAAGUGCUAGAUCUUCAGAAGAAUUGCGCUAACCAGAAGUUACUAGAUUCGUUGGCGCCCAGUUCCUUCACCCUCCGCACUCGUUCUAUUCGCGCCAUCACCAAGCCAUCCUAUUUCGUACAGCAUCCUGAUACUUCAACAUUGUCUGAAGAGGUUACCGUUAUUAAGUGCAUAUGUCUCCCUUUGCGAGAGGAUGCUCACAUUCUCUUGGAGAAAUUCAUCGAUGAUGUCCUUCACUUUCACCACAUCUUUCACACGCCUUCCCUGCCAUCCAUUGUGGAUCAGUUCUAUGAUGCCGUGGAACAAGAUGAAAAUGUCGACUUGGGCCAAUUAAUGCUUAUCCUGGCGAUAUGUUGCAGCACUACGCAUACAUGGACUCGUUAUGACGACGCAAAGGGUCUAUUUGACUGCGCAGAAUAUGCAAACUCACAGACUUCAGGGUGGCUUAAGACAGCGCUAGAUAUGAUUCAUCAUGUCCAUCUAGCAGCACAUGCAUCAUUGACAUGCAUACAAGGCAUCGUAAUUGUAUUUUUCAUGCUGUGUAGCUUAGAAGGCAUCUCGCCGCGGGCUCGAGUGCUUCAUACUCAAGCAGUUGCAAUGGCCCAAACGAUUGGACUACAUGCUAUCGAUUCUCCAAACGCCGGUAUUCAUUUAGAUUGGCUCAAUAAUUCUCGUAUUCUAGCGGAAGUUGGGCGCAGGACAUGGUGGAACCUUACAGAUACAGACUGGAUGAUUUCGAGAUUGUCGGUUCCUCAGGGAGGUUCUUCCAUAAUCCAAGCAAGCCAGAUGGCGGUGCGAUGGCCUUGUAACGCAAACGAUGAAGAUAUUGUCGAUGAACAAGAAAUUGUUGAUCGCCCGCUCGAGGAAGCAACCUCCGUCUCAUAUCUUCUCGAACGGUCUCGUCUAGCAAUGCUAUUUUAUAAACUCGGAGAUUUUGACAGGCCCAUCAAUUCUACCUCGGAAGAAGCAGGGUACCUGAAAGUCAUGGAAGCAGACAUGAAGUUGCGGCAGUUCAUGAGGGAGUUACCCUCGUUUUUCCGGCUUGAAAAUAGCGACAACGUUUCCAAAUUGCCUAGUCGGGACUCUCGGCAUUCAUCAAAUAUCACAACUCAAAGAUACCUGCUCAACAUGAUAUUUUACGGGCAAAUCUGCAAGCUUCACUUGCCAUACAUGGCUCGAGGCACAGUAAACCCCGGAUUUGCAUAUUCUCACGAUUCUUGUCUCAAGGCAGCACAGCAAAUCAUCUACAUAGAACACCAGAUGAGAGCUGAAAACUCGACAUUCAUCUUAUUCCGCCAGCGCAUGAACAUCAAGUUUCGCAGCAUCUUCAUCGCAUGCGUGGUCUUUGUUCUAGAUGGAUGUCUAGCCAAUGGUGCCGAGGGCGGGACGAUGGAAACCGAUGCAACAAUGGCGGAUGCGUGGAAGAUUUUGCAUGAAGCAAAAGGGCAAUCGCCCAUGGCAUCUGAGCUGUUGCAGCUCUCGAUAGAAAUUUUGAAAAAAUACAAGGCGACGCAUCCUGCUUUGGAAAUGAUACAAACGGAGAUUCUUAGCGAGGAAACUUCAUCAUUGAUAGAAGAGAGUUUAAGUGCAACACACCGGGUGGGCCGGAGCCCCUGCAAGGAGGAAUAGAAAUGGAUGAUGCUGGCUUGGAGAAGCUCUGGCUGGCGCUUCAAGGCCGCAGCAGAGAAUGGAGUGAUUUGUUUUGCGGAUUCGGCCCUCUCCAUGUAUAAAUUAACUGCUCAAAGAGCUGGUUUAGAAGAGACCAUAUAACCAAGUAUUAAGUGAGAAUGUAUAUAUAAGCCAAC